AUGCCUGAAGUGCACGCGUCCUCGGCUCACGUAUCCCAUGCCUCACGCUCUUCGCUCGCUCCUCCCCAACCCGACUCGACCGCUGCUCCUCAACCGGCGCGCAUGCGUUUUUUAAUGCAGAGUGUCGGCGGCCGCAGCGCAGUGGCUUUAUGCGCGAACGAACGCGGUCGCAGACUUGGAGUGCUCCGCUGUGCUUCAGCCUCUGCUCUGGUCUUUGGUCGCUCGCGUAUACCGUACAGUAGUGCGUAG